AAAAUAAAAAAAUCCUCUCAUUUGCUCCAUCAUCUUACCUAAUUUCCACUUUUCCUUCUUUCCCUUCCCCCAUUUCCUCAGUUUCUAAAAAAAAAAACCAGUAAAUUAGAGAAAUCAUUUUUCACUCAAAGUUCAUCCCAAAAAAUGAAUCUCCAUCGAUCCCUUUGCCGUAUUUCUAAAACCCUAAUCCCUUUACUUCACAAUUCCACAAAAAAUGGACACCAAAUACACAAAUUACUCUCCUUUUUCCAAAUUUCUACUUGUAGUAGUAAUUCAGUGAAUACCCAUUUCAACUCCAAUGCUAAUCACCAAAACCCAUAUCACAAAAACCUAGAAAUAAUCCAAGAAGCAGAAAAAAUCUGCAAAAUUUUAUUAAAAAACAGUGGUGUAAAUGUUGGUGAUGCUUUAAGUUGUGCUAAAGUAAAUGUGAGUCCUUUAUUAGUUAAUGAAGUUAUAAAGAAGCUGAGUAAUUCUGGUGUUUUAGCUUUAUGUUUCUUUCGUUGGGCCGAAAAAGAAAACGGAUUUGAGCAUUGUGCAGAGAGUUAUCAUGGUUUAAUUGAAGCAUUAGGGAAAAUCAAACAGUUUAAAAUGGUUUGGAUUUUAAUUGAUGAGUUGAAAAACAAAGGGUUGUUGUGUAAAGACGCAUUUGCCCUUGUAUCGCGGAGAUUUGCUCGUGCUAGGAAGGUUAAAGAAGCGAUCGAGGCGUUUGAGAGAAUGGAGAAAUAUGGGUUGGUUCAUGAGUUGCAAGAUUUUAAUAGAUUGCUUGAUACAUUGUGUAAGUCUAGGAAUGUUGGGAGUGCUCAAGAGAUGUUUGAUAAAUGGAAGAAUAGGAAAUUUAAGCCUAAUAUUAAGUCGUAUACGAUAUUGUUAGAAGGGUGGGGUCAAGAAAAGAAUUUGUUGAGGUUGAACGAAGUUUAUCGCGAGAUGGAGGGUGAUGGUAUUGAGCCGGAUGUGGUGAGUUAUGGGAUUAUGAUCCAUGCUCAUUGCAAGGUUAAAAAGUAUGACGAGGCGAUUUUGUUGUGGCGCGAAAUGGAGAGGAAUAAGAUUAAGGUGACGCCUCAUGUUUAUUGCACGUUGAUAAAUGGUUUGGGGUCGGAGAAAAGGUUGGCUGAGGCGAUUAAGUAUUUCGAGCUGUAUAAGGGUAGUGGUUUUGAGCUUGAUGUGUUUACGUUUAAUGCGAUGGUGGGAGCUUAUUGUUGGUCUAUGCGUAUGGAUGAUGCAUAUAAGUUAGUUGAUGAGAUGAGGAGAUGUAACAUUGGUCCGAAUACCCGAACAUAUGAUAUCAUUCUUCACCAUCUUAUAAAGGCCAGGAGAACGAAUGAAGCUUAUUCGGUGUUUCAGAAAAUGAGCAAUGAUCCGGGCUGUGAACCGACUGUGAGUACGUACGAGAUAAUGGUGAGGAUGUUCUGCAACGAGGACCGGAUAGAUAUGGCUCUUAGGGUAUGGGAUCAGAUGAAAGCUAAGGGAGUUCUUCCCGGAAUGCAUUCGUUUUCCACGUUGAUUAACAGCUUUUGCCAUGAGAAUAGAUUGGAUGAUGCCUGCAGAUACUUUCAAGAGAUGCUUGAUAUGGGCAUGAGACCUCCACUUCCGAUGUUUGAUAAUCUAAAACGCGCACUUCUUGACGAGGGAAAAGAGGAUACUGUAAAGGCUUUGUGGAGGAAACUUGAGAAACUAAGAAAAAGUCCUUUAGUUGGAUAAAGACAGCUUAAAGAUGGAAUCAUUUUAAUGUAGUAUUUGUAUUUUUCCCAAUUGAACUCGUUGAAAUUUGUUGUAUCAUCCAUAUGUUUCAUUAUGUCCAUUUCGUUUUUGUCCCCAUAGUUAAAGCUCUGUGGAGGAAACUUGAGAAACUAAGAGAAAAGUCCAUUGGUUGGAUAAUGUUGGCAUAAGAUGGAUUCAUUUUGACAAUUGAACUGGUUGAAUUUUGUUGUA